GAGGGUAUGUGUGUAUAUGUCAGCAUCUGGGUACUAUGUUCCUAUAAAAAUGUUGAUACUAUCGAUGUUUUUCAACAAGAAUUUAAAAUUUUCACUCUUAGAGCAACGCACGGGCAUGCUUCAUAGUUUUAACUUAUAUAGGGGCAAUUUGCGGAUGAGAAUUAGCGAGCGCAUGCCACCGACCCUCCAGGUCGGCCAUUCAUUACCAUGUAUGUAAAGAGAACAAAAGCAUCAAGCCAAGAAGUAAAGUUGAUCGAUCGGCGAUGACCAUGGCGUCCAAGUGUCGAUGCGUCCUCCUCUUCCUCGCCCCCGUCUUCCUCGUCUCCGUCUCCCUCGCCGUCGACCUCAAGGAGGCGUGCAGUACAACGCCAUACCCAGAGCUGUGUGUGGCGGUCCUCUCCGCCAACCCGGAGAGCAAGGCGGCGGCGGCGGAUGCCCGCGGGCUGGCGCUGAUCGCCAUCCGCACUGCCGGGAAGAUGGCCGACGACGCAAGUUCCGCCGUGGACGUCGAGUUGGGAGCCAACCCAGGGGUGAUAGACGCCACCACAAUGAAAAACAGCAAUCCUACCAACGAAUGCUUAUUAGGUUGCAAAGGCCCUAUCCAGUCGGCCCGUGAGAAUCUCUACAGUAAGAUCGGCAAGGACGACAACACCACCUUGGCCACUGCCCGCUACUUCUUCCAGGCUGAUCCUACGGGCGCUUGGAAUUUGGGGAACUGCGACCGCUGCCACGUCAAUGGCGCCCCCAAGCUGCCCAGCAUCAUCACCAAGGACGGCGAUUUCAACAGAUUCACAAAAGUCACCUGGAAACUUGUCAUGCAGGUUCCCGGCGUCCUAAUCCCGCCGCCGCCGCCCAACGAAUUUUUAAACGGAACAUCUUAAGCAGCCGCUAGCGCUUCAACACACAGGCGUGCGCCAAGCUCCUGAUCAAGACGAGCUACAACAACGUACCAAAAGGCCGGCCGGAAGGAAUGCCAGAUUUCAGAAUUAACUCCCUUCUUUCAUAUUUAUAUAUGGAAUGUAAUACGGUUGUUUUUGCUGUACCGUACGUCUCUCAUCCACAUUUUUCUCCCUUUCCUUUGCAACAUUUGUUUUCGCAUGUAUAAUAAUGGGGAAACCGAAUUUUGAAGUAUUA